GACCCUCCCUCUCCCACUCCCCAAUCAACUCUCACCUCUCAAUAAAUCUUAGGUUACUCUGUUUCUUACUUUACCAUGGUGGCCAAAAACCUAGAAACAACCAUGGUGGCCAAAAUCCUCUACAUUGCCUUCAUCAUCUACACAAUGUCGGUCAUUGAAGCUAGAAUUCCAGGAAUUUACUCUGGUGGUGAAUGGCAAACUGCUCACGCAACUUUCUACGGCGGAUCUGAUGCUUCCGGCACAAUGGGAGGAGCAUGUGGUUAUGGAAAUUUGUACAGUCAGGGCUAUGGUGUAAACACGGCGGCAUUGAGCACUGCUUUGUUCAACAGUGGUCUAAGCUGUGGUGCGUGUUUUGAGAUAAAGUGUGCUAACGACAGAGAAUGGUGCCAUUCAGGAAGUCCUUCCAUUUUAAUCACUGCAACUAACUUUUGUCCUCCCAAUUUCGCUCUUCCAAAUGAUAAUGGCGGUUGGUGUAACCCUCCUCGUCCUCAUUUUGAUCUCGCCAUGCCUAUGUUUCUUAAGAUUGCCGAGUAUCGCGCCGGUAUCGUCCCCGUUGCUUAUCGCAGGGUGCCAUGUAGAAAGCGCGGGGGAAUAAGAUUCACCGUGAAUGGGUUCCGUUACUUUAACCUGGUGCUUAUUAGCAACGUGGCGGGUGCUGGUGAUAUCGUGCGCGCGUACGUGAAAGGAACCCGAACCGGGUGGAUGCCACUGAGCCGAAACUGGGGGCAGAACUGGCAAUCUAACGCGGUUUUGGUGGGCCAGGCUCUGUCUUUCCGUGUCUCAAGCAGUGACCGUAGAUCUUCAACUUCAUGGAAUAUUGCUCCUCCUAACUGGCAAUUUGGUCAAACUUUCACUGGAAAAAAUUUUAGAGUCUAAUGAUGACAUUGAGAAAAUUUGGUCAAACUAAGUUUUUUUUUACUAUUUCUAGUUUUUUUUUUUUUUUUUUUUUUACUUAUGCAUGGUGAGAAUGAGAUGAAGAUAGAGAGAGAGAAUGACAAUUUAAUUGUGACUAGGUGUUGAUUUGUCUUUCUUGUUAUUGGUAGGGUUUGAUAUGAUAAUUAUAUUAAUAUAAUGAAGGUGCAAGAGUAAGAUUGUACUUUGAAUUUGUAUGCUACUACUAGAGAGGUUAUUAACUGGAAGUGAAAAGGGAAAGCGAAAGCUAAAAGGGUGAAAGGAAGUGUAGGAAAUGCUGAAGUGGUUAAUAAAAAUAGUGACCCGCAGCUAAUUUGUAUUUUUAUAGAAUGGUGAUGAUGGUGUAAUAUACUACUAAUAUAUUAAUUACCAUUUGCUUAUAACU